AUGAAGGGCGUGCCGACCAGACGAAUGCCGCCGGCAGCAACCGUGGCAACGACGCCCGUGUUUGCGCUGUCCGAACACCAAGUUCUAACGAGCCACCACGGCGACGCCGAACGUCCUCGCACGUGCUGUCUUCGUUGGAGCGAUGAACUCGAGUCAGAAGAGACGAGUCCAACCUCCAUCGCGACGAGAGCAAUCGUUCUCACGCCUCGAACGGAUGCACUCGAAUGGCAUUCGCCCGGCACCGAUGCGUUGCGGGGCAAGCAUUUGAUCACGCCCCGGCGAAACGCUGCUGAGAACACGUCCCCACAGCUUGUCACGCACCGCACGCACAUCGAGACGCAGCGCCAGCUCGACAACAUCACUUUCAAAGCCGAGCCGCCGCCGCCGCAACCGAUUGCCGACGACGGCGACGUGCCAACUGACGCAUCCUUGGCACAAGGGAGUGACCUGUCGUGGACCAACACAAGCCCCGAGUUUCUGUCGUUGAAAGUCGUGCUGUGGACGUCGCCGUCGCUCUUGCCGGUGGUGUGGCUCGAAUGCCCGACAGUGCAGUCCGCGCUAUGGCCCCGAGUGCAUCGUGGGGAUGUCCUCAUGGCUGUGAAUUGCAUCCGUGUGGUGCCCAUGGUCGACAUCAUGCCCCCUCGAAAGGCAUCGCGUCGGCGGCCGUGGGUGCUGCAGUUUACCAAUGGCCACAUGACCAAUUACACGGUGCGAUGGGGGGUCGGCACAUCGCUCGGUGUCGCCUUCCGCCGGGUCCACGUCAUGAAGCAGUUGGCAGCUUCCUCCCGCAACACCAACGAGUGCCUCACCGUCGUCGCCGCCGUGCUACCGCGCGUCGACCGUCCUGCCGUAGGGCGGAGCCGCAUUCAAGCUGGGGAUGUCCUCGUCGCCAUCAACGGGACGCUAGACGCCGUGCAGGCUGGGUUUUCAGCGACCCAGGAACACCUCGCGCGACUGCCACGUCCGAUUGAAUUGACCUUUCGCGGAGUCGGCCACGCCAUCGCGCGCGAUCCCCAUGUCCACUGCCACUGCGUCGUCCAGUAG